UGUUGUUGACGGAGGUUAUUUGAACAGGUAACACCUGAAGGCUCCGCCCCUUGCUCGUUGAAAGACAGCCACGCCCACAACCCUGGGUGCUUAGGUAACCAACAAUAAUUUCACAAUUGUUGCUUGAGAUUCAGAAAAUGUCGAGCAGGCAGUUGUUAGGGACAUUUAAACUCAAGGAUACCUAAAUGUAGUAGUACCUACUACCCAAUAAAGUCUAUCUUUAUCUUUAUCUUUAUCUUUACCCAACUGUAGUUCUUGGGUUUUAACACACUCUCAGCUUGGAGUCAAAUACCCUAACUAUAAACUAUCCUGCCGUAUUUACAUACUUCAAAAGUGUAAGACGUGUAAGAAUCAGCCCCUCCCAGUUAGUAGGAAAAAAACUAAAAGCGAUAACAGAGUUCUGUCCACUCAAACUAACUAUGCUAAUGUGGCGCAAUCAAACAAGCUGGCGGGGUGGCGUGAUUGGGAGGGUUUUUGGGAGUGGCAAUUUUAUCAUUGUUGUAUUCUUUAUUGACUACAGAUAUGUCCAGGUUAUGUUAGGCUACGAGCUAGUUGAAACAAUUGUACAUUUGUCACUUAAAUAUGUAGAGAUUCACUUUAAGGUCUUACAGGGCAGCAGUACACUUUCUACUGUUCCUCCUGUUUCAUAUACUGCACUUACUUUAAACUCAGCCUCUUUAAUCCCAAUUCUCUUUUUAACAUUGGACAAGACCAACUGUGUCACUGUGAAGUUGAGGAACCAGCCCAUGAUUUCAUUUUGCUCUCUCUUUCUGGGAUUAUCCCCUGAGGGAUGGAAAUGCAACCCAACUACAUUGUCACAGCUAGAAGAUACAGCUACAGCCAGCAUACCAUUGUAAAUAUGGCUAAGAGCUAACAGCUAGCACCCAGAGCUACAGCUAGUAUAUUCCAAGAACCUAAAGUUAGCGUAUUGCAGAACAGCAAUAACUAAAAUGCUACCAUCUAUGACUAGCAGAUAUGACAUUUUUCUGCAGCUUGCAAAUAUAGCUAACAGCUAUGGCCAACAAGCUUUCUCAUUGACAUAGCCUCCUUCACUAUGCACUGUAUUUAGCACAUAGUGCCAAAUAUAGGUUUAUAAGAUGAGGCUCUAUUAAAAACUUGAAUUCCUUAUUGGGGAUUAAGAAAAAGGUUACCUUAUAUGUAUUUUUAUUAGAAGUUGAUAGCAGUUCAGUUAUUGCAAACAUUUGAGUUAUUAAUGCAAAAUGUUGGAUUGGAGCAUCCGUGCAUGCACUAUUCCCUGCCUAACACCAAUUUCCAUAAAGUUUGCAAAGGACUCAACCAAAGCUCACCUGUGUUGCAUGGUGGUAGGGCUGAUGUUUUCAUUGGUUCAGCCCAAAUAUGAAAUGAAUCUCUGUAAAGAGUAGCCGUCUCUUGUUCAGCUGCUCUGCCUGUUGAGCUAGUUUGGUGAGUUUCUUUAACCGCUGUUUUUUUCCUCAUCUAUAAUCACGGUGUGAUCCAUUGUCAUCAUUUGAUUUCACUGCAGUAGUUCUCCUGACAGGACAAGGCAGUGCUACAAAAGACUACUGACUUACCCGCUGAACAUUACCAAUAGAGAAGGAGCUCAGUCAAUUGUUUAAGAGGAUGUCCAGAGUUCCCAUUCCAGGGGGGCUGUUUACAGAGGAGUAACACAUGGAAGACAUUCCAAUGGAUCGCAUCACGUCAGCAUGUUUUUAGGACAUCUUCUGUCUUUUCGGCUGUAGCUGUGUCUCCUGAACGCACAGCAGCAUGGACACAAUGUUUGCUCACUUGCUGUCUGUGCUGUGUGUGCUGUGUCUAUCACCUCUGGCGUCCUCGAACACGCUCACCCGGCGUUCUAUACGCUUUGAGCCGGCGAUGCUGGACUUCAGUGAACACCCUGUGGGGAUGCUCAAGAUGGAGAAGGUGCACCUCCACAACCCCGGCUCAGAAGAGAUCAGUCUGAUGUCCAUAUCAGGCUCCACAGCACACUUCCAUGCAUCCUUCUUCAAGCACGCUAUACUGCCACCAGGAGGAAUGACCUCGUUUGAUGUGGUGUUCCUGGCCCGCGUGGUGGGAAACAUAGAGAACACUUUAUUCAUCAACACAUCACAUCAUGGUCUGUUUGCAUACCAGGUGUUUGGGGUGAGUGUUCCAAACCUCUACAGACUGAGGCCCUUCACCGUGCCCCAGGCCCCCGUAGACGAGCCUUCCUCCCCUCUGAUGAACCUCCAACCGUCUCACAGUCAACCUCUUCAGGUUGUGGAGAUGUACUACAGUGGAGCGGACUUACAUCUAGAACUACCCACAGGCCAACAGCCACACACUGAGGACGUAUGGGAGCUUCCCCCGUUUGAGAAGAGAGCGAGCUUUGUGUCUCGGCAUGCAGACGACCACAUGUCUUUCCUGGGGGUGAGACCCACCACCCCCAGCCCGGACCAGUCCUCCGUCCCCCUUUUGGAGCCCUCCUCCGACGCUCCUGCAAUCUACUCCUCCAAAGAGGUGCUUGACUUUGGAACGCUGCGGGCUCAAGAUCGCCCCAGAACGUUGAAUCUCCUUUUAAACGCAGGAGCAGAAGAUGUUGGGAUCACAAGUGUACGAACGUCACCAUCAAACGCAGCGAUCUCAGUGGAAUUUAAGGGGGUUACUCUGAAGGAACGAGGAUACACCAAAGUCGCGAGUAUAACUUUUGAUCCCUCUAAAGCAGCAGGGCCAGAGCAGUCGUCUGGUAAGAUCACGGUGAAGGUGACAGAGAGGAGUUAUCCCACACUAGAGAUCCCUUACCAAGCCGACGUGCUAAAAGGCUAUCUGAGUUUUGAGGAUGCCACCACUCUGUUCCACAUCAGGAACAGUCCCCUGGACCCGGUGGUCCGACCCAUCUACCUCACAAACACCUUCGGCUACCCGGUCCAGAUCCUAAACGCUUCCCUUAAGCUGGACGCCACAACCAUGUUCACUGUUCAGAAUCUGAGUUCGGUGGUCCUCCCACCUCAGGGGUCCCAGUACGUCUUCUCGCUGGUCUUCCAGCCCGUCCGUCCGUCUGUCCUCAUCAACAGCAAUGUCCUCCUGCACACCAACCUCUCUCGCUUCCACCUCCCCGUCCUGGCCUACACAGGCCUGUUGGAGACCCUGGUUCUUCCUCCCAGUCUUCAGGAUAGCUUCCUGGACUUUGGGGUUCAGAGUUCAACGAAAACCAGCAGCAUUACUCUGGUUGUCAUCAACGGUAACCCCAUAGAGCUGGAGAUCAAGUCCUGGCUGGUGACAGGGGACAGCUUCUCCAUGGAGCUGCUGAAGACGGGCAGGGGGAACCAGUCGGUGGUGCGGGGGUGUGCUGAGGAGCUGCAGCAGGCCCCCGCCUCACAGAAGAGAAUGGUGAUACUAGCUUCAGGCUACUACGCAGCGUUCAGAGUCAGCCUAAUAGAUAACAGCCUCAAGGGAACGUAUGAAAGAGCCGUCCACAUCACCACAGACUACGAGAUAUUGACCAUACCUGUGAAAGCCCUUAUCGUCGUGGGAAUGCUAUCCAGUAGUCCCGAAAGCCUCAACCUGCCCCCCUCCUUUCCUGGUAAGGUGGUGCACCAGGGCCUGGUCAUCCAGAGCUCCUUCAGACAGCCGUCCGAGCUGCGGCAGGUGGUGUCUCUGACCCAGGACCCGCGCUUCACCCACAGGAGGCUCCGCAACGCACGCACCCUGGAGCCCCGCCGCCGCACCAAGGUGGCCAAUAUAUAUUUUGACGCCGGUCUGCAGUGUGGGGAUGACUGCUACGUUGGCCUGCCCUUUGUUCUUAAAGGGGAGUCCAUGCCUGGUGGUCUGGUGUUGCAGGAGGACAUCUGGGAUGAGGACGUUGACCUCCUCCAGAAGCUCCUGGGACGAUGGAACGACCUUGUGGAUCGCUCGGGACACGAGAUCAAGGCAGUGUUUGAGGUGAACUCCGAGCUGCAGGAGAACUUUAGGUCAGAGGUAGUGGCCAGGCUGACCUGGCCGUCGCUGCUGAACUCCACCCACCGAAUCGUGUUUCCUCUGACCAACGCCAACAGCUCCUCGGAUGAGGAGGUGGUUCUUGCGAACCCUGCUGAUGUUCCGGUCUUCGUUCAGCUUCUCCCCCUGGCUCUGUUCCCCAGUCCAUCCGUGUUCUCUGGAAAGCUGGCCGACAGGGUGCCGUGGGCCAAUUUAUCCAACAUCAACAUUGACACUAAAACUCUGGAAUUCCACGUGCACCAACAUCCAUCAGCACCAGAGAGCAGUGGUCCAGGGUUCCAGGGACCCUCCCCGUCCUUGGUCCACAACAUGCUCCUCCAGCCGGGAGAAAGCAGGUCCUUCAACGUGAGGUUCACCCCCAGCAGCAACCACAGCGUCUCCUCUCUGCUCAUAGUCAGGAACAACCUGACUGUGAUGGACGUGUUGCUGCUGGAGGGACAUGGAGUUCGGGAACACCUUAGGGUGGGUAAGAAGACCCAAGGACAAGAUGGUUACCUCAGGUUCAAGGUGACGGAAGCCGUCCUCAGACACUGCACCAACCAGACCAACCCGAAGGAUCCCACCCAUUCUCUGCGAAGAUCCUUCAAGGUGGAGAACGCCGGUGUGCUGCCGGUUCACGUCACGUCAGUGCAGAUCAACCGACACGCGUGUGGAGGACACGGCUUCACUGUGCUGGACUGUCAGGAUUUCAUCAUCCAACCCAACUCCUCCAGAGAGCUCGUCAUACUGUUCACUCCAGAUUUCUCUGCAUCUCGAGUGAUCCGGGAGCUGAGGCUGGUAACGCGUGGAGGUUCAGAAUUCGUGUUUGUCCUGAAUGCCUCGCUGCCCCAUCACAUGCUGGGGGCCUGUGCCGAGACGCUACCGCGACCAGCCUGGGAGUGGGACUUCUGCUUCUGGAUCUCCCUCGUCAUGAGUUUCAUGUUGCUGCUGGUGGGAUUCAUGGCCUACCUGGAGGCCCGCAGCCGUUGGGAGACGUUCACAACUCAUCUCUCCAUGGAGGCUGGCAGAGAAACUAACAGCCUAGCGCAUUCCAACGACCCCCAUGACCCCCCGCUGACCUCCAGAGGGUUCUACGGCCCUGGGGGCGGGGCCUCUCAUGUGGGUGGUCGCCACGGCAACGGACGCACCUUACCCGAUGUGGGCGGUCCAGACAGGAAGUCCAGGGCUGGCGGUUUGUGUGCCAUCGCACAUUGGGCGACUUUCUCCCAGCCGGCCAAUGGGAGCGCCUCAGGCUCAUCUCAGCCGGCCAAUCGGAAGGCUCAGAGCGGGAGGCAGCCACCAAUAGUGGGGAUGGGUGAGGUUGAGGGUCAGCCUGGAGCACUGAUUCCAGAGAAAAGAGAACUGUGGCCAGCGGAGGAGGAGGAAGAGGCGGAGGAGGAGGAGGAGGAGGAGGAGGAUGAGGAGGAGGAGGACGCAAGUCUGCCGGGGGUCUUGGAACCGGACGAGGAGUUCAGCUCUCCCCCAGAACAACAGCCAGAACCGGAGCUCAUUGUGAAAGUGCAAGCAAAGACCAAAGAACAGAAGAAGAAGAAGAAGAAAAAGAGGAAGAAGCGGAAGGAGGAGAAG